GUCUACCUGCUCUCUGCCUCGUUUCUUCUCCGACGUCCUCCCUGCGCUCUGCUAUCCCCGCGUCUGUCUCGAAUCGCCCAAGCCUGGCUGCACGUCCAUUCGAUCUCGUCGCCAAGGGGCGACCCUUCGUCGACCAAGAAAAGAACAGGAAAGGGAAGGAAAAGGAAGCAAAGGUGACUUCCUUCUUGCUCACCUGACGCACACCGCACCUCGUUUCGCACGCCCCAGGGCAAAAUACGCGCGUGCUCCCUCUUGAGUCCCACGCUCGGACUCCCCUUUCAACUCGCCAUUGUUUUCCCAGCCCCUCUCCGCUCUGUCUUCUCGUACGACCCAGUGCCAAAGCCUGGGAGCGCAGACCUCGGAUCCCGCUGGCUUUGAAAGACGACAAGGGAAUAAAACAAAAAGGGCGUCUACCACUGGCAGAGCGGCUGCACAAAUGGGGCCGUGAUGGGCGAGCACUUUGACCACCACCAGCGACCCUCUCCGAGGACGCUGUCGCCGCCGCCGCGACAUCUCCCCUCGUCAGGCUUCACUCGUACGCACAGGAACCUGGAGAUGAGCACGCGCCUGCCUCCUUCGCUGUUGAUGGCGGAGAGCAGCGACGAGUCCAAUGUCCCCUUCCGAAGGACGUUCAGCAGCGAGCAUGAGAAGAGCGAAGAUCCUCGCUUUCGUCCUUCGCGGCCCAUUCUUCCCUAUCCCGCCGAAGCUCGUGUGAGCCGCGAGGGCGAGCCCAGCAACGCGCGCUUCAGCAACAUCGUCUCUGGCCCUGGCCCUCCCAGUCUGCCCCCGCUGCUGCCACCCCCGCUGCCGACACCGCUUCCCACACAUCCGGCCCACCAGCAUGGAGAACACUAUCCACGCUUUCUUCAGGGGGGCUCGCUACCAUCACUGCCACCUCUGGACGCGCGUUCCGCGGGCGGUGGCAGCAGUGGCAGCAGGAGCAUGCCUGGCAGCCGAGCGAGACUAGCGAGCUCGAGCAGCUGGCUCAAUGACGAGGAGGUAGCCGACGCACCUCGGAGACGACUCGAGGGGGACGAUGGUCACUUCCAUCUUCGUCCCCACCCCCCUUCGCCCUCACGGCUGCCACCACUCCAGCUAUCACAACGGCAGCUUCCCCCUCCCAGCAGCCUGGUUCAUGAUAUGAGGUCUGACGCUAGUGCUAGUCCUCGGUCUUCGUCCAGUGCAAUCUACCCACACUCUUCCAAUCGCGCCGCCUACCUCGACAACGAGGUGUCUUUCGGCUACGACGGUGAGCGGCGCCAAGCAAGAGCAACUCCGCACCGGGCUGCCGACACCUUUGUCGCCUCUCUCAUGCGGGCGGCCCAGUCGCCCGAGUCCGUUGCGCCAUCCUCGCCUCCUCAGCCAAGCUCUGACUACAAUCGUCCUUGGCAUUACCACAGUCGGGCCUCGCCAACAACGUCGGAGGUUACCAUGAGUUCAAGCACCAAUGCGCAUGCAGCUGUGCAUACACCUGCGCACACAGCUAGGUGGACCGACAACUCGCGGCCAUCACCUCUUCAGCACCCACAGUACCCCCCUCACCAGGCAUCGCCUCGAAUGUCGUCGACGCAAAAGGCAGCAGCUGGCUCGCAUCGCAAGAGAGCCGAGGCAGGAUCCGACGACAUGGAGAAUGAAUGGAACCAGGCGCAAUUUGACAAUGCCUCGGCAUGGUCGCAGCUGAGCCCCGACCAGAGGCGAGAGAGGGUCCGCGACAAUGUGAUACGGGCCAAGGCCGAGCUGCUGAGUCGGUGGGCCGACUCCACCGUCGAGGGCGAGACUGCCGUGACGACGAUCCGGUGCAUGUUUGCCAACAUUGCCCAAAAGAGCUAUGGCAGCGAGAAGCGCUUCCUCUGCCCGCCUCCGCUGGUGCGGGUCAUGGGGCCGCUGCGGCCGACAAGAUGGCUCUCUGUCCGCGUCGUCGCUGGCGAGUCGCCCUCGCCCAGCUCUCUGCCAGGCAUAUCGUCGUUGUCGUCGUUGUCGUCGUCUUCGGCAUCCACCGGUCGCUCCGAGGCAACGGCAGCCAAUCUGGUGGGAGGUGCAAAUGGAGAAGAUGAAGCUGCUUUGGAUCAAAGCACAAGGGAGGCACGCUUUGGCAAGCUGCACGUCGGCACCCUCAACGAUGGCAGAAGCAAGGUGUUCCGGCUGCAGGUCAACCUGCUGCGCGCCCAUCUCAAGGGAUCCGCGGGCACCGCGUCCAAACGAAUCCGUGGAAACGACGGCAGUGCUGUCUCCCCAUGGAACCCAAGUGGCCUUUCUGCCUCCUCUUCCCAUCAGGAGCAGCAGCAGCCACAGCAGCAAGGUCAACCCAUCAUUCCCAGCAAUGCUUGGUUGACGUUCCACACGGCGCCCAUCAAUGUCAUCUCCAAGCCCGCGCGCAAGUCUGUGCGCACGAGGGCAGCGUCACCCGCCAUUGCCAGCGGCUCGCUCGUGUGCUUCUACAAUCGUCUCAACUCGCAAACGGUUCGGACCAAGUACCUGAGCGUCGAGGCACCCACCGGCGAUGGGACGGCAGCAAGCGCUCGCAAACUCGUCGCUCGACAGGACGGCUGGGAGGGCUUCGCCCUUGAGCUGCUUGCUCGCCCUCUCAACGACCCUGCCGUGGCCCGCGCAAAUUCUCGCGGAAUUCCUUCUGACGACUGGGGCAUCAGCUACGGGAGCAUUGUGUGCCUUCGUGACGUCGCCACAGACCUCUGCUCGGACCCCAUGCUCAUCUGUAAGGUCGACAAGGGCCGCGUCGAGCUGUCGAGCAUCAUGGGUGGUAGACACGAGGGCCAGGAGGGCAACAAGAUCAGAUUUCAGAUCUGUGGCAGGGACCGCGAGCAGGCUCGCGCCCAGCUCUUUGGCGGAAGCGUCAAGUGGGCUGGGUCUGCGAGCACUGAACCGCAAGCUAGUCGACGAGUCGUCGAGCAGGAUGGACGUCGCGAUGACGGCGAAGACGACACAACGCCCGCCGAGAGAGAUGCAUCGAGGGAAGGUAGUGCUGCUGCGGGUGCGGUCGAGUCUAGCACUCCGAUGCUCCCCGAUCCCAAUAGCACCGUGGGAGGGCCGGUCAUCCAGAUGCAAAAGGUGACACUGAUGCACGUCACGCCUCACCGCGUCCCUGGUCAGCCGAGGGAUUCUUUCGAGCUCGAGUGUGACUUCUCGUCGUCGCGAGCCUAUCUGUGUUCGACUGCCUUUGAGAUGUUGUCUGCUGGAGAGGGCACACAGGGAGGAGCGUCCGCAAGGGAGAGCUCUGGCUUCGCCUUUGCACGCACGCUCGAAUCAGUCCGUCAACGCGCCGCAGCUCGUCUCAGCUCGACAACUGGCAUGCCGUCAAGGGAUGAGCACUGGGAGGAGAGCAAGUCCGCGCCCCUACCUGCUCGACGGCCCACAUCGCCAGGAGGCACGGGCAGCAGCAACCUGCCGUGCCCCGUCGGAUACGCCCGACCACCUCUCGUCCUGCAUGAGAAUGGAGGUCUCUCCGGUCGUCCCGAGGUCGACGUGCUGGAUGACCAAUUCUGCUGGACUGUUGUCACCAUCUCUCGCACCGAAGCGUCAUUCAUCGAGGCAAAUGCACAGGAUCGUACCCGUCUUGGGGGAGCUCAUCUGGCUGCCUCGCCGUUGCCUGUUACCCCGCUGCCCAUGCUGGCGGCAGAGCCCACGCUUGACGACCGUCUGCAUUCGAUUUUCAUGACCGUUCAAGACUUCCACUACUCCAAUUCCGACGCUGCCCCGCCGCCAUCGUCGCUGAUUCCGUCGAGCACAUCCGAUGAUCGACUCGCUCAUGAGGUCUGGGUGGGCCACCUGGGACCUCUAUCGCUCCGCGUCACCUCUGCUGGCCCCAACUUAUCCGAUGUCACCGCCUCGCUGCCUGCGCUCGCUGAGCUCCUUGACACUAGUCGUGAAUUCGGUCAGCCUCCUGCCAUCGAGAACGAGGACACCGGGCCAGACGGUGCCCGCGCCAUGAGGCUUCCGCUCCUCUUCGUUCGCGUCUCGGACGGACUCGCGUUCCUGUCGGGCCGAUUCCUGCAGGGCCACCAAGCGUCACCCUCGUCUUCGUGGACGUUGCAGCUCAUCUGAUCUCCUUUACCUGCCCUUGCUCAUUAUGCUGCCUCUUCUUUCUCAUCCUUUCUUCUCAGCAUCUGGGCCUUUCCUCUCUCUCUCUCUCUCUCUCUCUCUCUUCUUUCUACACUCCUCUUCGCAUCUGUUCUUUUUAGUGACCACACAAGCAUCCCCGUUGUAGAUAAUAAUUAGUACUAGGGUCCUACCGACGCACUCUUCCUCGAGACGGAACAGCACGUCCUGGAUUAUAAUGUCAUCC